CUAUGAUGUCAUAAUUUUGCGACGCAUUUGAGUUGUGUCUGAUCGUGGGAGCUGAGAAUAAAAUGCCGGAGAAGCUGAUAGCAAUUGAGGAGGAUGAUCUCCAAUAUGAGGAAGAGAUUCUGCGCAAUCCCUAUUCGGUUAAGUGCUGGAUGCGAUAUAUUGAGUGCAAGGCAUCUGGGCCAGCACAUGCGCUUAACAUGGUGUACGAGAGAGCGCUAAAGGAGCUGCCAGGAAGCUACAAGUUGUGGUACGCCUAUCUUAAGCAACGUAGGAAGCAAGUGAAAAGGAAAUGCCCCACAGAUCCAACAUUUGAAGAGGUGAAUAACUGUCACGAGAGAGCUUUAGUCUUCAUGCACAAGAUGCCUCGCAUUUGGUUAGAUUACUGCCAGUUUUUAACUGACCAAUGUAAAAUCACCCGUACCAGGAGGACUUUUGAUAGGGCCCUACGUGCCCUCCCUAUUACACAACAUCAUCGCAUUUGGCCUCUCUACCUACGGUUUGUUCGUGCCCACCCUUUACCUGAAACCGCUGUAAGAGUUUACAGACGUUACCUCAAGCUUUCGCCAGAAAAUGCAGAGGAGUACAUUGAAUAUCUUCGCUCUAUUGAUAGACUUGAUGAAGCCGCCUCCAGACUAGCAGCAAUUGUUAACCAAGAUGGCUUUGUGUCCAAGGAGGGCAAAUCCAAUUACCAGCUUUGGCAAGAAUUGUGCACACUUCUCUCCCAGCAUCCAAGCGCCAUCCACUCUUUAGAAGCAGGAGCUAUUAUCCGGGGCGGAUUGACUCGUUUCACAGACCAGCGAGGAAAGCUGUGGUGUGCCCUUGCUGAGUAUCACACUCGCAGUGGACAUUUUGAAAAGGCCCGUGAUGUCUAUGAGGAAGCAAUUCAGACAGUCACAACUGUUCGAGACUUCACUCAAGUGUUUGACAGCUAUGCUCAAUUUGAAGAGAGUGUAAUUGCUGCAAAGAUGGAGACAGUCAGUGAGAUGGGAAGAGAAGAGGAAGAUGACCUGGAUCUGGAACUGCGACUAGCUCGUUUUGAACAGUUAAUAGAACGCCGGCCUCUCCUGCUCAAUGGAGUCUUACUCAGACAGAAUCCACACAAUGUCCAUGAAUGGCACAAAAGAGUCCAGUUGUAUCAAGGCAAGCCUCGUGAGAUCAUUAACACCUACACAGAAGCUGUUCAGACAGUGGUUCCCGCAAAGGCAACUGGGAAAACACACUCACUGUGGGUUUCAUUUGCUAAGUUUUACGAAGACAAUGGACAGAUAGAAGAUGCCAGAGCAAUCUUGCACAGAGCUACUCAGGUACAAUAUACACAUGUGGAUGAUCUAGCAGCAGUUUGGUGUCAAUUUGGUGAAAUGGAGCUCCGGCAUGAGAACUAUGAAGAAGCCCUGAAAAUACUAAGGAGAGCGACUGCUGUGCCAGCUCGGAAGGCUGAAUACUUUGAUGCAUCCGAGCCUGUUCAGAACAGAUUAUACAAGUCCUUACGUGUUUGGUCCAUGCUGGCUGAUCUAGAAGAGAGUCUUGGCACCUUCAAGUCUACUAAGGCUGUAUAUGAUCGAAUUAUUGACCUUCGUAUAUCAACACCCCAGAUUAUCAUCAAUUAUGCUCUGUUUCUUGAAGAACACAACUACUUUGAAGAAAGUUUUAAGGCGUAUGAGCGCGGCAUUGCCUUGUUCAGAUGGCCUAAUGUCUAUGAUAUCUGGAGCACCUACCUCUCCAAGUUCAUUGCUCGUUAUGGGGGGAAGAAGCUCGAGAGGGCUCGUGAUCUUUUUGAACAAGCAUUAGAUGGCUGUCCCCGCAAGUUUGCCAAAAACAUCUUCCUACUUUAUGCCAAGCUGGAGGAGGAACAUGGAUUAGCUCGGCAUGCCAUGGCUUUAUAUGAGAGAGCAACACAAGCUGUUGAGUCGGGCGAACAGUAUGAAAUGUUUAAUAUUUACAUCAAGAGGGCGGCAGAAAUCUAUGGAGUUACCCACACGCGCAGCAUCUAUGAGGCGAGCCAUUGAGCUGUUAGCAGAUGAACAUCCCGUGAGAUGUGUCUCCGUUUUGCAGACAUGGAGUGUAAAUUGGGAAGGAUUGACAGAGCCCGAGCAGUAUAUAAUUCCUAUUGUUCUCUGAUGUGUGACCCAAGGUUAACAGCUGGAUUUUGGCAGACAUGGAGAGACUUUGAAGUACGUCAUGGAAAUGAAGACACCCUAAGGGAGAUGCUUCGUGUGAAACGGAGUGUGCAGGCAAAAUAUAAUACACAAGGGACAUUCCUGGUGUCCCAGAAACUGAGAGCAGAAGGAGGAACUGCAAGUGAGGAGACACGAGAACCAGCAGAUGAAAUGCAGGCUUUAGAGCAAAGAGCAGCAUCUAUAGCUGCAGAAGCUGAGAAGGAUAAACCUCAGCUGAAGGAGAAGAUCCUAUUUGUCAGAUCAGAUGCAUCACGCACUGAAUUGUCAGAGUUGGCCAUUCAGGCAAACCCAGAUGAAAUUAUUAUAGGAGAAGAAGAGUCCGAUGAGGAGAUGGAACCAGAUGAAGUUCAACUGGAACAAUCUGUCCCGUCGUCAGUGUUUUCAGGGCUUUCGGAAGACUGAGUCCCACUUCCAGCACUUCUAUUUUGACAAAUAAAAGACACAAACACCCGAAGAA